ACAGCCGCCAUUUUGAUUUUGUUUCAGUAAGGCUUCGGACUUGAGCGACUCGGGACCACAACAACCCUCGUAUUUCAAACUUUUAAAAUUUCUUUCAUAAAAAGCAACCGGUAAUUAACAUAAUACACCCUGUUUAUAUGUUAUAUGAUGUUGUUGUACGUUGACGCGGGACAGUACAUUCCCCGAUAAUUACGGCAUGAACAGCCAUCUUAACGUUUAGCUAAGGAAGAAGGUCCCGGCCUGCGUUAUGUAGCAUGUAUUCAAAUUGAUGCUGUCGUACAAAACCUGGAACAAUUAUUGAGAAUAGUUAAUUAUUUGUUGUUUUUAAUCCCCAUAACGAGUCGCCAUCCGUUCAUGAUAAUAGUCCAACUUCCAUUCCUGCGGAUCGCGCGUAGCUUGUAGCAGCUAGCUUAAAGCUGUUUACGUGUUUAGAGUAAGUAUGCCACUUUUUUCUUUGCCUUUUCUGUAUUUAAACUUUAGUUAUUUGCACCAAAGAGGAUUAGCUGUGGUGCAGCUCAUCCCGCCAUAUAUCCAAGUGCCUUUGAAUAAGGCACUGAAGCAAAUGUCCCCCCCGGAUGUGACUCCUGUGUGACUUGUAGCCCAAAACCAGAUAGAGUGCUCUUCGGAACGAGAAUGACGCAAUAUAAACGCAGGGAGUUUGCAGGUUAUUAGUGUUAUGGGCAAGAAUGUGUUGCCCAUUAACCUGGAGCUUAAUGCAACUCCCCGGCGAUGACAGCCGAGGCCUUUUCAGAACCUGCAUCCCUGCUUUUAGAGCCGGAACCGAGGGAGCCAAACGCAACGGGAACGUUCUCCUACCUGCUUGGGGAACGUUUGGUGCACCCGGGGAUGUUGACGUCAUUUUCUGUCAUCUGCCCUCGCUGCAAAUUAAGGAAUCGAGAUUCUUCUGACUUCAGUUGAUAAAACCUGUUGAUGGGAUUUCAUUCAGACUUGUUUUGUUUCGGUCAUGUUUCACAAUGGUCAGCUGGUGUGUUUGGAGAUGCGAUCUACGUCAGUGAAGAAAAGGGAUGUCAUGUCCCAGUUAGCAAGAUGCAAGUAAAGUAAACCGAGUGAAAGGUUUGCUUUUUGUUACUCGGCAUCUCGGUUGUUUAUCAACGUGUUUAACUCCUUAGUGAAAUAAAUGGUUUGGCUGCAGAAGAGUGCUAGGUUGGGACGGACAAAGUGGCAAAAAAAUGGGGAAAAGGGGCGAAAAAAUGAGUGAAGAUGCAAAUUGGCCCGGCGCCGUAUGGCUGUUCAAGCAAGGCACACGAGACGCGUUCAACAAAAUGACAACCUGCAUCUUGAUUUGGUCAAAUAUAGCCAAUAUUAAAAGUCAAUUUCUCUGCUAUUGAUGUAUCUGUGUUGAAAUGUUGUUGCUGUUUUUGUGCUGUCUCUCUCUCUCUCUCUCUCUCUCUCUCUCUCUCUCUCUCUCUCUCUCUCUCUCUCUCUCUCUCUCUCGCUCUCUCUCGCUCUCAUUAACCCACUUUCAGUUCCUUGGGGAGUGUUUUUGGUUGGUCUGUAGGUUUAGAACCCUCCCUCUCUGAGGAUCUCUGGAUGUGGAUAGUUUGUACCCAUCAGAAAGCUAAAGUUGAGGACUUUCCAUUUUCAGCACGGUUAAAUAACAGCUGAAAAUUGCUAGAUGGCCAUAAUUCUGCCCCGUUUUUUACUAUCCACCAACAUCUAAAUGCCGCGAAGAGCACAAAAUGCCUCCAAGAGCAAGAAGAUGCUGAAGAUUUUUUUCUGCUACACAUCAACCCAACUUUUGUCACAUCAGUCUAAAGUUUUUGUUUUGAUUUUUUUUUUCAUUUGUCUGGCUGAAUAAUCUUCCCCUAUUUAUUUCUUCAAGUGGUCACUUCAGUUAUUCAUACAAAAAAGGACUUUUGCCCCCUCUAUCGGGCCUGUUUAGCACUCUGGCUGAGAUAAAGAUGUCUUGCAUCGCCUGAGACAAGGGAUCACGUAGGAAGACAAGUUUUUCUGGGCGACCUACCCCACUUUUUCUCUUAUCUCAUGGAUCAAGUGUUCCUUCAGGACUCCAUAUUAUCCCGGAGACACGGUUCCAGCAGUGCACUCAAUCAGAAGACACCAGCGUAGACACCUCAGGGAGAUCCUGUCAUUCCAGAAGGGAACCAGCUGCUGGGUCACUGCCGGCUUUUAAGCCACUUCAGCAUUACUAUGACCAACCAUGGAGAUGACUGCUACUUCUACUACUACUCUACCUGCACUAAAGGUGACGGCUGCCCAUUCCGACACUGUGAGGCCGCUAUGGGCAACGAGACUGUCUGUAACCUCUGGCAGGAAGGACGCUGCUUCCGUACUGUCUGCAAGUUUCGGCAUAUGGAGAUCCCGUAUAACAGAAAGGAGAUUCCUUGUUAUUGGGAGAAGCAGCCAGCUGGCUGCCAGAAACCACACUGUGCCUUCUUUCAUGAGAGGCCUCGCUAUAUAGAAGGCAUGUUUGUCCCUCCUGAUAAACUUCAUGGCAAAAAUGAGAAGCAGACGCAGGAGGAGCCGCCCCCUUCAUCAGCUGCUCCUCCGCCCAACGCAGCCAAUCCUCAGCUCCGAGGAGUCAUCAAGACUGACACACCGGAGCCGGUACCAAGCCCAACACACCCACCAGUAGUGAUUAAUCCAGCCGAUGAUGAUGAGGAUGAAGAAGACCAGGUCUCAGAGGAGGGCGAGGAUGGCAGAGGAGGUCCUUCUCCUCGGAAGAUGACUAAAUCAGGAGACUCCCUGAAUUUUGGUGUGAGCACCUUGGAGGAGAUACGGCUUAGGAAGGCCCUGAAGUCCAGCAUGAAAAGGGCAGGUUACCUUGUCCAGGGUACUGAAACUUCUACCAAUGGAGAGAAGGAAAACAUCCAGUCAUUGUCUCAGCCACACUCAGAGUUUGGAGGCCCGGUCCUUUUUGAAGAACACAAGCAACCAAGAGGCAGUGUGACUGAAAGGCUUGGACGAAGGAUUCCCAGUGCAGAUUUGAACAGUGGGGAGGUGAUGCAAGUUAAGAAGAGUCUGGCUCAACGUUUGGGCAGAAUUGUGGAUGAUGAGCAGCCACCAGUCAAUACCCAGAAAGCCUCAAAGCCCAUCAAGGAGAGACUUGGGUUAAGUCCUCCUGCUGGAGAUGCUCAUGCAGCUGAGGCCAAUGCAGUUUCUACUAAAGCCCCUGAGCAGAUACGCAUCAAAACUUUAGAGGAGAUCAAGAAGGAUAAGGCAGCCAAGAGCUUGAGCCAGAAAGACGUCCAUUCAGUGGUUCCAGCAGAAAUCCCUAAAACAGAUGCAGCCAAAGCCUCUAAGGGGAUCAAGCGAUCCAUUAUUGUAACAGAUGCCCCGAUCGGCCAUGUUAAAUCUUUCUCUGAGAUCAUUCGAGCAAAGAAAAGAAAGCAGGAAGAGCAACAAAACCAGAACCCCAACCUAAUGAAGGCGGAGCUCUUGGUGGAGAACGCUCCAGAAAAGAGCCAGGGUACAGCAGGACCUACAAAAGUGGAAAAGGUUAGAGUAAAGACACUAGAAGAGAUCCGCAGGGAGAAGGCAGCAAGAGUACAGGCUCCACAUGGCCUGCAGGAUAAAACUAAGGAGAGCCCAGAAACUGGGCUCAAUAUUCCCAAUAGGCGCCAGCUGUUGCGGGUCAAGACGCUGCCCAGCCAAUCGAGCAACGUGACACCUGAGAAGAACGCUGAAGUAGCAGAGAAUCCUCUGAAAACUCCAGCAGCUCCAGCUCAGACCUCCACCAUCAAGGUCAAGACCUUUGAGGAGAUCAUGCAGGAGAAACGCCUCCGGAAACAGGAGAUGGAAGGGCAGGUGAAAAGCUCAGCUGAAGCUGAUUCUUCUCAGACCCAGACUGCCAGUGGUGCCCUCAAGAGGAAGAAUCCUGCUAAAGUCUCUGUUGCAGCAUCAGAAUCGUCGCCGCCUCCCGCUACUACACCUUCUAGAGUCCCUGUUCGGAAACUCAUUUGCCACAAACCGCAAGCAUCGCCUCCGACAAGAGCAUCUUCUCCUGGCCCAACAAGUGGUGCUACAGCAACUGUGGUCUCAGGCCCAGGGACUAUAUCCCCUAGUAGGUCCAUGGACUUCAGAGACAAGCUCACAAACAACCCGGUUUUAGAGGCAUCAGCCCAGCUACGGAGAGAAUCGUGCCAGGUUGCAGAAGUUCCACUAGCUGAGAAAUCUGUGAACUGUAAUCAGAACAAAACUCCAGAUCAUCCAGUCAAGUGUAAAGUGAGGCCUAAACUAAAUGUGAAACCAUCUGUGGUGAAACCUGCAGGCCAGGUGAAAACAGGCCAGAUGAAGAGAGGAGCCGAGUGUUCGGUUGUUGCAGCUGUUAAACCCAUGAACAGCGCCACCGCACAUCAGUCUUCAAACAAAGGGACUGAGCUGGGGGCUGCUGUGCCACACACUCCCUCGAGACACAGAGAAGAGCUCCAAACCGUCCCGGUUUUUACACAGACGCAGGGCCAAGAUGGCAAAGCAGCCGGCGAUGGAGCUGCUGUCAGAGACACCUGUUCUGUCCCACAAAGUCCAGUCCUUAAAACUCCCACUCAGUCCAAACCACGGAGAUCCAGUGUAACAGCAUCCCGCACUGCCUCCACUUCCAAUAGUGAUGCCCCCGGUUCUACGAUGGAUGACUUUGAGGACCUGAUCAACCAGUUCACUGAUGACCACCUGGAAGAAGAUGUGGACCCAGCCAUUGGAGAGGACGACCUGCUGCAGGAACUGUCAGAACUGAUCGAUAGCUGAACGAGUCAUCCACAUCUUUAACCUGCUGUCAUCACUUUAGAUUUACACACAGUGGAGUGUUUCAAAUAUAUAUUACAAAAAACUCAACUUACUUUAAGUAUUGUCUUCACAUUUGUUACAUUUAGGACAUCUUGUCUCCUCCGUUCUAUUGGAUGUCCUGCCAUGCGGGACUUGUUUCUCUGGGACUGUUGUCUAACCUCCUUGCCUCUGACAAGUUAUAAAAGAAAGAAAAAAAAAGAUGUGUUUCUAGAAGCUGUGGUUUGUCAGGAAUUCUUGUAGGGAAACAGCAUUUUCAGGAGAGGCCCUAUCUGUAUACUGUGUAUGCAAAGGGAAUAGCAAGUUGAAUAUAGAACUAGUGAACAUCCCUGCACUUCUGGUGGAAUCUGUGUUUUUCUUCUGUCUGUGUCCCAGCGGAUACCAAUGUUGUUGCUCGUCCAAUUCCUGUAUUCUGAGCUGCAGUGUUUUUACCUGCCAAAGCUCCCUGUGAUGAAACUUAGCAUCAGAGUGGAGGUUUCAUCUUUCAGACAUUUUCCAUGUCUGGAUUUGAUCAUGUUGGACUGAGAUGUCUUAUCCUGAACACUGUCAAAAACACAAUCCUACAACGUAUACUUUAAAAAUUAAUACCUCAGGGAGUCUGUGUGACGUUUGUACGUUCUGUAGAAAAAAACAUUUCUAUUUCAUGCAUCAGUUUUUUGUCUUUUUUUUUUUUUAGGAUUGGUCGAUAUUUGUUCUGGUAGAUGAUGGAACUGGUUUUAUCCUUGUGUGUGUGUUUGCUCUUCCCGUUGUCAUCAUCCUAAAGUCAUUCAUGUAAAUAAAAAAGGCUUUUAAUGAAAA